AUGUUUCAAGAGAGAGAAUCUGGUAAACCAGAAAGUUGGGGAUGUCUGAUAUUCAUCGUGUCAGUGGUAACGCUGAUGAACCUGGCAGUAGUAAUGACAAUCCGGAUCUUGCUCGAUACAGAGGAUGAGAUUAACGAACCAAUAAUUAAAGGUCCACUUCGGGAAGAUCUGACGAUUUUUCUCGGAAUAUUCACAAUGACAUUCUUCUUCGGGUGUUGGUGUUGUUUUUGUUGUGGAUGUAUGUUAUGCAAAUGGAUGCUCGACUGUCCGGAUUUCUGUGGGAAUUUGAUUACAGCGGCGUCUUUCAAGUUCAUCUCUUCUCACCCAUCGAUUCGACGUCGAUUCCGUAAGGAAGACGAUGAUGAUAUCGUCAUCGACGACGUGGUAGUAGCCGCAAGAGGCGUCCCGCAACAUGUGAUACGACGUCAACCGACAGACUUGAACGCGUACGAGAAUCCUGUACCUUUCGAGCAUUUUGUUGAGCCGGAGGCCAUCAUGCCGCAACCUGUACCAUCUUUGAAGCCUCCGUUGGGCCGCAUUCGUUCGUACAGUAUCGAUGUAUGGUAUAAAUAA